AUGUCCCUUUUUGAGGUGGUGCAGCGACAGGUGCGCCAGCGUGGGAUGGUGCCGAAAUUGGUCAAGUCUCUACCUCAUAUAUCACUCCUUCUUGUAAUAUUGAGUUUUGUAUGGAUCACAAUGUUACCAAUGGCAGGCCAGUUUAGACACACAUACAUCUCGGAAAAUGCCCUCAUGCCGUCCCAGGCGUACAGUUUUUUCCGCGAGUCUGAGUGGAACUAUCUCAGGGGUUACAGGGAGGAAAUUUACAGGCACGAUAAGGCCACCUUGCUGGAAAGAAAUGCUAUGGUUAAGGAAUGGCUCGGUGAGAUCGGAUACAAGACAGCAAUUCUCAACUAUACAGAGCCACUUACCGGCAUUGAGAAGCCAACGCUUUAUGCCAUAUACCACGCACCAAAGGGAGAUGACACCGAGGCCAUGGUGAUGGUUGCUCCUUGGCAUACCAAAGAAGGUGAGUUCAAUCUAGGUGGUGCGGCUUUAGGCUUGAGUCUCGCGAGGUAUUUCCACCGGAUGUCGAUCUGGGCCAAAAACAUCAUCGUUGUGUUUCCGGAGGAUGGUCAGGACACACUCAGAAACUGGGUCAAUUCGUAUCACACGAGUCUUGACCAAACUGGUGGCUCUAUAUUGAGUGCGAUCAUCAUGGAAUAUCCAAGUGGAGGAGAUAGUGUCGACUACAUUGAGCUUGAGUAUGCCGGAUUGAACGGCCAGCUACCUAACUUAGACUUGGUCAACACUGCUAUCAUGGUUGCUGAUCAUGAGGGCUUUAGAGUUUCCAUUCAUAAGGCACCAAGAGGCCAACUAUGGGCCAAUGACUACGGCAGCAGACUAACCACACUUGUGCAGGCUGUGCUCGACUACGGAACUGCCGGUAUAUUGCCUCCACCCGGAAGCUUCGGUGGAAACGGCUGCGAGGCCUUUAGCGGCUGGAAUAUCCAAACUGUGACUUUGCAUGCUGUCGGAAAAGGUGAGAGAGAUAUCACCACCUACGGCCGUGUUGUGGAGGCCAUCUUCCGUUCUGUGAACAACUUGCUUGAGAAAUUCCACCAGUCGUACUUCUUCUACCUCUUGCUAGGCCCUCAGUCCUUCGUCUCCAUCGGUACUUACCUACCUUGUGUAGCCUUGGUGGCUGCCGCUUUUGUAGUUGCUGCUGUGUCUGUUCUGCUAAACAAUGCAAACAUAAACAACUCUGGGUUGCAGCUUUCAACGUUCAUGGUUGCGCCUUCCAGCUCCAAGGUCUUGAUUGUCUCAAUGUUGUCUUUUUUAGCCACACUCACUAGUUCUGUUACUGCGUGCCUGCUUCUCUCCAAAAUAUCCUCACACCACUCAUACAGUGUGAGCAGUGAUCUGUUCUAUCAUGAUCUCACGUACAGGUACUGCAUCAUCCCGGCAACAGCUCUCUGCCUAUUACCGGUUGUCACUUCAUACUUUAUCAAAAUGCGUGCUUCUCGUUUUAUCAAUGAUGUUGCCCGCUUUCUCUACUCUUUCUCGCUUUACUGCUUUGCAUUCACCCUUGUGGCAAUGAUGCUCUUGCACUUCUCACUUUCGGCAUUGGUCGCAUUGGCAGCCUUACCAUUAACAUUUAUUCGGUAUGGCCCUGCUUCCAACAAACAUAAUAGACUGAAAUGUGCAAUGUGGCUAUUCAUCUCCUCUCCAUUCACCUGGAUCUUUGCGUUGGGUAUUAUGAGUAAGACCAACUUCCAGUUGGACAGGGUCAGAAACUUGGUCCAAUACUUCCGGUAUGGCCUACUACAGAGAGAAAUUCAGAAUGUUAUCGACUGGAUGCAGGAUACCAGCUUGCAUGAAAUAUUAAAUGGCCCCGUCAAUGUCCUAUACGGUCUAAUUAGUGGAUACUGGCGUUUCCAAAACUGGACUUGGUUCUUCCUAUCAAUAAGUUGGAUACCUGCUUGGCUCAGUGCACUUUUCGUUUCUUGCUUUGAUGUCCGGUCCGCAGACUAUGAUGUCUCCGAAGAGAAGAAGAAUGAAUAG